AAAAUAACAAAAUACAACAAGUGUGUGGGGUGUGCUUUUGUGUAUGUGAGAAAGUAAAAGCAAAGUCAAAAUCAAAAGCAAAGGCAAUGGCAACACCAACAGUAACAGCAACAGCAACAAUGCAAUCGUAAAACCAAAUCUCCAUUGAAAAUAAGGUUAGUUCACCCUCGCGAUUCCGAGUUUCAGUACGAAUUGUCGUGUCAAGCGCACAGGAAGCGAUCGCAACCCGGAUCGGAUUGGAUCGGAUCGGAGCCCCAUAUGUAAUACAUAUACAUCGCAGACUUUCGACGGUGAACAGCGUCGAUCGCAUGUGGACAAACAAUUAAAUGUAAUGCCGAACAAAAAUAGUAAAUAGCGAAUCGCUGCGCGAUAACGAGCCGAGCUAUCAACAAAAAAUAACCCUUUAUUUAAUUAUAACACAAGGUCAAAGAAGCGCUAAAAGAAGAGGCAAAGACGAAAUAGAUAUACCCAAAAAACCAACAAAAUAAUGACGGCCAACACAGCGACGUCGGAGGAAAAUCUGCUGGGGAAUGGUGGACAUGCACAGGAGCCCUCCACGCCCACCUCGGAUACCGAAAUGGGCGGUGCCACGCCCCCGGAACUGAGCGAGAUCUUUUUCGUGGACAACAGUCGCCGCAAGCACAGCAUUAAAAUCCAGGUUAAACUCUGCCCCGAAGGAGUUUACCUGCGUCGCGAAACGGACGCAGAUGAUCAAAUUAACGAGCAACUCAUUAGGAUCGAUGACAUCAUAGGAUCUCGGUAUGGUCCACGCCUUAAGAAACGUGCCAGGGGUGGCCUCAACUCCUGCCGGAAUCCCAAUGUGCCGGGCCAGGAGGCGGAACCCGAACCGGACAGCGAUAACAGUGCCUAUUUAUACAUCUAUGCCUAUCUGAAGAAGGAAAAACCCCUGAGGCGUGUGCAAACCCUCAGGAUUCUACGCUUUCGAUCCAGCAAUAACUACGAUGUCAAUCUCCAAACCGCACAGCUAUGGCAUCACACGAUCCGCAAACAUAAGCGUGAAAACGGCAGCAGUUCCCCCGCCGACUCGGGCAAACAAUUGCUCAUCCUACUCAAUCCCAAGUCCGGCUCUGGCAAAGGUCGCGAGCUCUUCCAGAAACAGGUGGCCCCCCUGCUGACGGAAGCGGAGGCCCAGUACGAUCUGCAGAUCACCACACAUCCGCAGUAUGCCAAGGAAUUUGUGCGCACCAGGAAGGAUCUGCUGGAGCGCUAUUCGGGCAUUGUGGUCGCCUCCGGCGAUGGCCUCUUCUACGAAGUACUCAACGGCCUAAUGGAGCGCAUGGACUGGCGCAAGGCCUGCAGAAUGCUACCGCUGGGCAUCAUACCGUGCGGCUCGGGCAAUGGUCUGGCCAAAAGUGUCGCCCAUCACUGCAACGAACCGUACGAACCCAAGCCCAUUCUCCAUGCCACCUUGACCUGCAUUGCCGGCAAGAGUACGCCCAUGGAUGUGGUCAGGGUGGAACUGGCGCCCCGGGAUAAGCACUUUGUGAUGUACUCCUUCCUGUCGGUGGGCUGGGGUCUGAUAGCCGACAUCGAUAUUGAAAGUGAGCGGCUGCGAUCGAUUGGAGCGCAGAGAUUCACGCUGUGGGCCAAAAGGCUUAUAACCCUGCGAACCUACAAGGGCAGGGUGUCCUAUCUACUGGCCAAGAACAAAAAAGAUGAGGAGCCACCCGUGGAGGCAGCCAAAGAAGCCCGGGAGAGUCCCGAAAAGGAGAAGAGACCCGCAGCAAUACGUUCUUCUUUGCCGCUGAAUGCUGGGGAAUUUCGUGAUUUACCCGAGGAAGAUGAGGACGAACUCGAUUCGGAGCAGUUUGCCGAUGCCAUAUCCCUGGAUCGUUCGGUCUAUCGCCAGAAUGCAGAUAGCUGGCACUCGGCCAUGUCACGCAGAACGGCAUACUACUCCCUCGGUGGACCCAGUCUGCGCUCCAAUCGCAGUCGAUUGAGUGUGAGCCAGCGCAUUGAGGCGGCCAACGCGGAGUUCGCGGAGAAGGUGCCAACGGGCACCAUUCCGGGACUGCAGGUGCCACUGCAGGAAACAGAUGGCUGGGUCUGCGAGGAUGGCGACUUUGUGAUGGUCCACGCCGCCUACACCACCCACCUCUCAUCAGACGUCUUCUUUGCCCCCGAAUCCCGGCUAGACGAUGGCCUCAUCUACCUGGUGAUCAUCCGCAGUGGAGUGAGUCGCCAUCAGCUGCUCAAUUUCAUGCUCAGUCUGAACACGGGCACCCAUCUGCCCAUCGGCGAGGAUCCCUUCAUCAAAGUGGUGGCCUGUCGGGCAUUCCGGAUCGAACCGAACAGCUCCGAUGGCAUCCUGGUGGUGGACGGCGAACGGGUUGAAUACGGACCCAUUCAGGCGGAAGUAAUGCCCGGCCUGGUCAAUGUGAUGACCACCAGUGGUCAGUAGUAUUGUUGUAGAACUAUCAGGCUACAAUCUGUGCAAUUACCCAUUUGAUAGCAAACUACAUUCAGUGAAUGUCAUCAUUCAAUAGCUUCUUGAAGUCUUAUCCUCAAAUGUUUAACCAUAAUCAAAAAUCAUAUUUUGUAAGAAGCACUGAAUUAAAUACUUAUUUAACAAACUCUCAAAAGAUAUUUGUAUAGAAGCUAAAACUUUUUAUUUUACAUUCAAUGAUUUAGCCAGCCAAGCCUUUGAUUCAGUAAAUGUAUAUAUGUCAACAUUCAAAAGCUAUUUUAGACAAAUUUGUAAAUUCUAUAAAAAUUAUUCUCUAAGAAACGGUGUUCAGAAUGUCAGAUAAUCCAAACAGUUCAUUAAUUCUAUAAUUUCUAAAACUAUUGAAUUUAAAAAAUAAUCCCUCUUUAACCAGUAAUCCAAUCCCAUACAUUUAGCAUUUUUAGGUAGUAAAAUUGAACAAAUUUCCGUUUACUCCUUUUUUAUUAGUAAAAAAUCAUUGUUUCGAUGCGCAAUCUGUAAUUUUUCCAUCCGCCCAUGUAUCAACAAAAACUUCACAAUAUGCACUAAAGUAGUCUGUUAAGUUGGUUUAAGCCAUUUUUUUUGAAUUGGUCGAUAGUGUUAACUAUUUUAAGAAUUUUACGUAGACGAAUAAAACAAAUAAACGCUAUAAAAAAUUG